CCAAGCAAAAGGGGCGGGUUUUUAAUUUUAGUUUUUAUGAACGGCAUGCAGGUUGAAUCUCAAGUAAACCCAUACUAUACUAGGUAUGGCGUGUUUCGACGCCAUUUUACGUUCACUGUAGUGCUGCCAGGUAGAAGCGACGAGGCUAUUUAGAAUUCGGUCAAAGUGUCGCGUUCUGCGCUGCUCGCGCAUUAUAGUCUUGAAAAGUGCGCGUGCUCAGUGGCGGUGUUCAGUCACGUGGUUCCUUCUAGCCAAUCAGACGCGCCGAAUCUCAUUUUAUUCUCGCAUUCAAAAGUGCUCGUGCGGCCACGCGAGAACAUUCCAUCGAAAACCCCCCCCCAAAAAAACACAUACACGCAUUCCAAAACUUUGGCAAAGGUGAAUAGUUUUUAAACCACACCAGCAAUGGCUCAUAAACAGAUCUACUACUCCGAUAAAUACAACGACGACCUUUACGAGUACAGGCACGUUGUUUUGCCGCGGGAGUUGGCCAAGCAAGUCCCAAAGUCCCACCUGAUGUCUGAGGACGAGUGGAGGAGGCUCGGCGUGCAGCAGUCUCUCGGAUGGGUUCAUUACAUGAUUCACGAACCCGAACCGCACAUCCUGUUGUUUAGACGACCUCUUCCAAAGCAGCAAUGACCAGAGAGCGAGAGAGAGAGGGAGGACGUGCUGGAUUUGUGGCUGAGUGGAGAGUGCACACACUCAGACUCACGACAGUGUGGAAACUCGUCCAGAGAUAACAGCGCUCGUUCAGAGUAUGCCUUGUCCGUCACAGCUUUCCUGGUGAAGACACAUACAUACACACACAGUUUUGAUUUUCCUGAUUGCUUUCUAUCUUAAAGGGACAGUUCCAUCAAAACAUCAUCCAAAGACUUGCUUGUUCUCUAAAUUCUGAGCUUCAGGGCUCAUGUAGCUAACAGUUAAUGGAAGUCUAUAGCUACCAGUUUAGCAUUGUGUUAACUGCAUUUUCUAGAUCAUCACACAUUCGCCUCAAGAGACACUCUGAAUUUGGAACCAUUAUGGUUCCUCCUCAAUGAUUUUGCUCUAAAGGGGACUUGGAUUGAGAAUGACUUGUUUGCUCUGAUAUAAAUUAAUUUAUAAUAUAUGUGUCUGCAUUCCUCUAGAAAAAAAAUCUUCUAGUUGUUAAUUUACAUCGCUCUUUUAGUGUUUUCAUCCGACGUAUUUGAAGUAUUCCUUUAUUUCCUUUGCUCUUUUCUGUCCUGUGGUGGUUUUUUUUUUUUUGUCUGUUUAAAGUUUUCUUCUGUGUUGUUGUGUAUUUUUUCUCUGUCUCUUCCAUUAUUUACUUCACUGUUUUUUUUCCCUCUCCUUCCAUUAAGGGUUUUAUUAAAAGUAAAAACAAAGGGCAUGCUCCAUGAUUUCUGGGUGGGGAAAAAAAACCCCUCCUUUACAUCUAAUUUAUCUACAAUACAAAGAGAGUGAUAAUGACCCCAGUUAAGUAGGAGUCCAAUUUGUCAUCGCCUUUGUCACUGGAUAAGAGCAUGUGGAUUGCAACACAGCCAUUUACUGUUUCCCUCAUGUCAAUGUUUCCUGCAUCUGAUUAAUAAUUUACUGCUCUUUGCUCAGCCGACAGCCAGUUAGGAUGGCAUGUGAACGCAGAGGCCGCAGGCGAUUUCGCUUCCCCUUUUUCUCAGUGUCGUAAGCAGAAAAAUGCACAGCACACACGUGAAAACUCCACACCCCUGGCAUGAGAAAGACGUUACAGUAUGCAUGGUUAGGGAUGAAGAGAUUGCACAUUCACUACAGGAUUAAUAAGAACAAGAAACAAUCUCAUCUAUAUUAAAUGACAGCUACUGUACACGGGCAGCUCUUAUUUUCAUUCCACACUCAAUACAGUCCAGUUAGGGUGAGGGUUAGGGAUACGCCUCGGCUGUGUGAGCACACCUACCCAAAUUUCCUUCCAGUCGUGAAACUGUCGCUCAUACUCGACGACGGCGGCUCUCCACUGGCUCAGCUCUUCGGACACGGUGUCUGCUUCAUCUGCAAAAAGCAACACAACAGAUUCUACCUGGAGAACUUCUGUGUAUGCAGGUCUAGGAAAAACCCAUCAAUGCCCCUGCGGGUUUCAGCCAAAAUCAACUUUUUCUCCGAAUAACAUACAUAGUUUGUUAUAAGUAUACUUGAACUUAAAGACCCCAUAAAUACAUUUAGCCGAAAUUAAAGGUUUUUAUUUCAUUUUUUUAAUCUUGACUUGGCUUUCCCGACUCCAAAGAUCAUAUUGUGUAGAUCAAACUGAUCACCAUUAAAGUUCAGGGUAUUACGCAUGUUUGAGAUGCUUUUCUGCUCACCAAGAUUGUAAAGAGUG